CGACUUUCUCUCUCUAAAUCUACAGAAAAAGCCAAUUUUGUUUGUUUGUCCCUAGUUCUCCUUUUCUCUUUUGCAUGGCACCGUCACUUCCCGCCUGGCACUCUCAGGAGAUUGUGAAUUGAAGGUGGUCUGUUUGGGAGGUGGUCACUGAUCAUGGCUCCAGGUGACGAGUGGGAUGCUGAAAAGAUGCUUCAAGUUUACAUUCUUGAUUAUAUGAAGAAAAAGAAUAUGCACACCGCUGCUGAUGUAUUCGCCACUGAAGCAAACGUUGGCUCCAAUCCUAUUGCAAUUGAGUCUGCAGGGGGCUUCUUAGCUGAAUGGUGGUCAAUAUUUUACGACGUGUUUGCCUCUAGGCAAGCAUUGGGUGAGCAAGGGACAAGUCAGCAAGAAGCCAGGGGAGAUGGUUCCAGCCUGGAGAUACAAACAACUGAAAAUGAACUACAAAGUCUCCAUCCUCUGGUGCCAAAUUUUGAGAUGAAUCAGCAAACUCCUGGGCUGUUUACUAAUCUGGAGAACAUGCUUGGGCAACAAUCAUCUUCUUUAUCAGCUGCAAAAAUGCACCGGCAACAACAAAUUGCUAGGCAGACUCAACAACGGGUUCGGAGGGAUAAUAGACAAGGGAUUAAUAUGGGAAGGGCUACAUCUAUGGAUCCAAAUCUCUAUGGAGUACCAAGAGCAGCAAUCCCAAGGGCUGGGCCUCUUGAUUCGGAGAUGAAUGAAGGAGUUAAUCCAAUGCCACUGAAAGGACAAAUGUCAUCUGGAGCUGACCAAUUUCCCUCUGGUUUUGUUCAUCAGGGACUAACCCCAAUGUUGCAGCUACCAAUUCAAAAACCACAGUUUCAACUGCCAAGAGCACAAUAUCAGCAAGAUCCCUCAAUCCAAAUCCUGCCGCACACAACAGUCAUGCUGGGAGUGGACCAGCUUCCUUCUGGUUUGGGCAUUCAGGGACUAAACCCAAUGUUUCAGUUACCAAAGCUACAAUCACAGUUUCAAUUGCCAAGAGCACAACAUCAACAAGGGCCCUCAAUUCAAGUAUUGUCACAUACAUCAGUGACUCUGGGAGCUGACCAAAUUCCCUCUAGUUUGAGUCAUCAAGGACUAAAGUCAAUGUUGCAGCCACCAAAGCUUCAGCCACAGUUUCAAGCACUAAGAGCACAACAUCGACAAGAGUCCUCAACUCAACUAUUGUCACACACUCCAACCACAUUGGGAGUUGACCAAGUUCCCUCUGGUUUGGGUAAUCAGGUACUAAACUCUUUGCAAUCUCCAAAACAUCAAUCACAGUUUCAAGUGCCAAGAGCACAACAUCAACAAGAGCCCUCAACUCAAUUAUUGUCAAACACACCAGCCAUUCUGGGAGUCGACCAAAUUCCCUCUAGUUUGGGAAAUCAAGGACUAAACCCAACGCAAGGGCCAAAUCCCCAGCAACAGUAUAGUAUGUCAAUAGCACUAGAGCCAAAUCCUCAGCAACAGUUUAAGACAAUGAUCCAAAUGGGAGAUACCGCAGAGCAACAACAACAUGAUCAGGCACAAAAGCAGCAGUCAGAAGAGAGUGGCAGAAAGAGAAAGAGUUUAUCCAAUUCAGGAUCUGGAGACAAUAUUUUGGCAUGCAACACUGCAGAGAAGGAGAAGCCUAUUGAUGAGAAUGUUGAAUCUUAUUUAUCCCCUGAUGAUGUCAAUGCUAAUACUGUGCCUAUCCCCUUCAGCAUUUUGAAACGAGAUUCUUCAGAUUGCACAACCAAUGAAGACACAGGCUUCACUUUUAAAGAGGUUGGUCGCCUCCAAGCAAGCAAAGGCAAAGUUCUCUGCUGCCACUUCUCAUCAGAUGGGAAGAUGUUAGUUAGUUCUGGACAUGAUAAGAAGGUUAUGAUUUGGAGCAUGGAAACAUAUGAUUAUGUUUGUACAACAGAAGAGCAUUCUCUUCUCAUUACAGAUGUCCGAUUUAAACCAAAUUCAGCUCUUUUUGCAACAUCUUCAUUUGACAGAAGUGUUCAGAUAUGGGAUGCAGACAAACCAAGCAACGCACUAGUCAAGCUUCAUGGUCAUGCCGAACAGGUAACAUCAGUGGAUUUCCACCCAAGAAAGUUGGACCUCCUCUGCUCAUGUGACAGUAACAAUGAGAUCCGACUGUGGAAUGUGAGCCAGCAAGUUUGCACACACACCACUAAGGGAGCUACUAAACAAGUUAGAUUCCAGCCUCGAGUUGGGAAGCUUUUAGCUACAGCUGUAGGAAAUGGCAUCAAUAUAAUUGAUGUUGAGACCGAUACCCUUCAAGCCCACUUAAAGGGACAUACUAAAGAUGUUCGUGCAAUAUGUUGGGAUACAAGUGGAAAAUAUGUCGCCUCCAUUAGUGAAGACAGUGCACGAGUUUGGUCACCCACGUUGAGUGGAAAGUGCAUACAUGAACUGCUUUCUAAUGGAAACAAUUUCCAAUCAUGCACAUUUCAUCCUGGAUACUCACAACUCUUGGCUAUUGGCGGUUACCAGACCCUUGAACUGUGGAAUCCGACUGAGAGCAACAAAACAAUAUCAGUUCCAGCACACAUGGGGUUGAUUGCUGCAUUGGCAGAUUCACCUCAGGCUGAAGUCAUUGCAUCAGCAAGCCAUGACCAGUGUGUGAAGUUAUGGAAAUGAGACCUCUCCUUCCAUGUUAAUGGUGGUGAAUGUGCACCCAUGGGUGUUUAUGUGUAUGUGAUAUGUACGUUAUGGAAAUGUUUCUUCUCUAUAUGUGUCCGCACAUGCGCUUCCAUGUGUAUGAUGCAUCUUCUGUGCAUGUAUGUUGUAUGUGCAUGCGCUUGGCAUGCAUGUAAAAUAUGGGGUGUCCAUUUGAGAACAGGGCUUAACUCAUGGGGUUUGGGAUGAAGGCAAAGCUGGAGAUGAUGUCAAGAGAAAAAUCACCAGGAAUAAGUCUGGAUAAAGAUAUGGCUUCCUUUUUAUAGAGGAAAUAGAUAUACAUAGACUUUAGUCCUCAAAUCUUUAUCAGGUUCUACUUUUGUUAUAUAGAACACAUGUGUACAUAUGAAUUCAGAUACCUAACUUUUGCUGUUAGAUACACAUCUUGGGAAAUAAAAUAACAGCAUAGAAACUGCUUUGUUGGUUUGGAA